GUAGGUCUGGUAUGGGUUCAGCCCUCUAAUAAUGAUGAAGACUGUUGCUGAGGCCCCCUCCUCUCCAUGCACGCAGUGGUGGAAAAAAGCAAAGGGGCUUUAAAUAGAAGCAUAUUGUCAUUGUGACUGUGCUAUCUGACUUAAAUUGCAGGGAUCGAUCUGCUCUUUAUUUACUCCUGCAUUUCUUUAAGAAAUAACGUUUUGACACACGCUACACGGUAAACAUGCCCAGCAAGAGAAAGAAAAACAAGCGCCGAAUGAGAAGAGUUCAGACGCAAAGAAUGGCCCUAGAGGACCAGUAUGGCCCUUCUGGAAUGGGGACCAUAGGAGUGUGUGCAGUCUCUGCCCCAGUUACCACACAGGUUAAAGUUCCCAAAACCUCAGAGCCUCCCAUUGCGGUUCCAGUUAAAACUCCAGUGGCUUUGGUUUCCCCAAGCAAAGUUCCAGUUGAAGUUCCUCCUGUACAACCAGUUUUGGAAGAGGUCCCUGUCACACUUACCAUGAAGGCUAUGGAGGACCUUAAAAAAGAUUUAUUGGAAAGCCGUGUAGAAGAACAAGCUGUGAUUAAGGAGUCAGAAGGUGUGACAGUUCCAGUAACAGAGGUCACAGCAUCCACAGAUGAACCAUUACCCAUCCCAGAUGAAUCUGAGACACUUGAACCUCUCAAGACACCUGCUGACAACAAGGAUGAAGUUAAAGGUGUUGCUGAGAUUUCUGCAGAUGAAUCUGUGGUAGGACCUGAGGAGACGGCGUCUGCAGCCGAAACCUUAACUGCAGUUCAACCUGCAAGAGAAACAGCGGCGGGUGAUGUUGAGCCUGCAGUGGAAGUCAAUGAGCCUGCUGUGGAGGUUGUAGGUGGACCUGUUGUGGAAGCAGAGCCCAUGACUGUGCCUUUGGAUAUCCAUACGUUUGCAGAAAUCACAAAGGAUUCACAAACAACAUCUGAUACAGAAAAGGCUCCAGCGGAAGCUGCAGGGCCUGCAGAAACUGUAGUGGAACCAGGGCCUCAACAACACGCAGCCACAUUGGAAGAAUCUGUGCUUUUGGUUGAGUCUGCUAGCAGUGCUGUCGCCGAAGGAUUCGUGGUGACUGAGUCAGCUUUAGCUGUUGAAGAGAAACAGAUUUCUGAAACAACAACAGAGGCCCCUGCGGUUCCUUCAGAGACAUUGGCAGAAUCGCAUCCGGCUCACGAGCCUGUGCUUAUGUCAAAGGAAAUUGUUAUUGGUCAAGAUGAAUCUGUUGCACAAGUAGAAACAGAAGCCAAAAAGAACUUUGCAGUGGACAAUGGCUUGACUUUGGACACCAUCAAUAAAUGUCUGGGAGAAGUUGAAGUUGCAACUAAAAGUUGAAGUGGUCAUGGACCGUCACCUAUACAUUUUGCUCAAACAUGGAACGACAAUUUUGCCAAGUGCCUUUUUGUGCAGAUUAGCUACAAAGUUAUGUUACGUGGCUGUUUUUCACUGAUUAAUUACAUUAUGUGCUUCUAAUUUCCAUAUGCAUGUACAAUAGAUUUGCAGAUGUUAUACAAUACAAACAGUAAAAUCGUGCACAUUUUUAUGUUUUUACUUUGAGAAUUGGAUAUUCGGUGUUGUUUAUGUUUCCGUUGGUUAAAUGAUUUUGGAGUGGAGAGGACCAUUUCAUCUAAUAUAAGCUGCAACUCUUCGCCCAGCCCCCAACCAUUCACAUGUGCCUUUUUCACAUUAAUAAAAGUGUUUUAUGACAAAUUAUAAUUCUCAACUUUAAUGUUUACUCUUUCCUAUGCACUUGCAGUUAAAAUGAAAUUAGUAUAGAUGGAUACUGUAGAUGGUAAAGCUUUAAAAAAAAUGACACAUGAUGACCUUAAGAUACUAUAUAAAUUCAACUAAGCACAGUUGCAAGUGAAGUUAAGUUCUAAUGUUUUAUAUAUUUAAUAAUCAGGUAUGGAUUCAUACAGAGCAAAUGUGUCAUACGCUUACUGAUAAGGCAUAGUU